AUGUGGCGCGCGAAUGCAAGGGCAUGGGUUACGCGGCAGUUCUUUACAGAUUGGGUAAACCUCGUCUUCGGUCCUUCUGUGAAGGAAUAUCUUCAAAAGAAUAACCUCCCACUGAAAGCCUUAUUAAUUUUGGAUAAUGCUCCGGCCCACCCACCUGGUCUUCAAGAUGACAUUCUCGAGGAGUUCCAGUUUGUGAAAGUCCUCUACCUCCCACCCAACACGACUUCCAUCUUGCAACCAAUGGAUCAGCAGGUCAUUGCAAAUUUUAAAAAGCUUUUCACAAAGGACUUGUUCCGCCGAUGCUUUGAGGUGACAGAGAGCACCAAGCUUACCCUUCGAGAGUUUUGGAAAGAGCAUUACAAUAUCGUCGUAUGUUUACGUAUCAUUGACUCGGCAUGGCAAGAGGUAACGAGACGAACCUUGAACUCGGCAUGGAAAAAGCUAUGGCCUGAUGCUGUUUCAGAGAGGGACUUCGAAGGGUUCGAACCCCAAGCAACGUUGGAGGAGAUUGUGUCCCUCGGAAAGUCGAUGGGUCUGGAGGUAGAUGAGGGCGACGUCAACGAACUCGUCGAGGAACAUGAGGAGGAACUCUCAAUUGAGGAGUUGAAGGAGCUGCAGGUGAUGCAACAUACGAAGGCCCUGCAAGAGAUUAGUAGCAGUAGCGAGGGGGAGGAAGAGCCGGAGGAAGUGAUUCCUACAAGUCAAAUUAAUGACAUGUUAGCAAUCCCCUCCCUGCUCCCUCCUCCUCCUCCUCCUCCGCCACUCGACUCCGUUAGCCAGCUGCACUCGCCUGUCAGCAAGCAACACCGAGCGGUCUCCAGGGGCAUCACUGCUGCUCCCUCCAGGACAGGACUAAACAACGGGAUCAUCACCAGGGCAUCACCAGCGCCAAAAGGACUACUUCAAGCAUCCCUCAGUCUCGUCUUGACUGAAGGAGUUCAGUGA